AUGCCGUCAACUGGGCUUCAAGCCCUCAUCCUUUGCGGGCCUGGCUCGUCGUUCCCGACAUUCACCUCUAACCCAGAUGAGAGCCCCAAAGCCCUUCUCCCUAUUGCAAACCGACCUAUGGUCUGGUACGCGCUUGAUUUCUGCUAUCGAAUGGGCAUCACAGACAUAAAUCUUGUCUGUCCUCCUACAGCAUCCGAGGCUAUCUCAACUGCUCUUAACACUAACCUUCACCUAACUGCUCUGCCUUUGCCACGGCCCGACAUUCUCUCACCAGUAGACCUUGAUCAAAACACAGGCACUGCUGAGAUCCUGCGGCUGCCAGAGAUUAGGAAGAUUAUCACUGGUGAUUUUGUAGUACUCCCUUGUGACUUGGUCUGCGAACUUGGAGGAGACAAGCUUCUACAAUCAUGGAUGGUCAAGUCAGCUAGUCUGACAGACUUGCUUGGAACUGCAAGGCUUUCCAACGGUCAUCGAUCAGUUCACAGCGGUGCACUUGGCGUUUGGUAUGACACCAAGGCAGUUGCACCUGUCAAGAAGGAGGAGACAGACUUCAUUGCGACGACACCGUUGCCUUCAACUCCUGUUACGCCAUCAAAGGGAUCUCUUUUCUCAAACUUGUCAAAGCUGGUGUACUCCAUGCCAACAGACUCUUUGAGAGAUUUAACAGAAGACAAGGGCUCACUUCCUAUUCGACACGGAUUGUUGCGUGCCCAUUCUCGAGUACGAAUGUUCACGACACACCGAGAUGCUCACAUAUACAUCUUCCCUCGAUGGGUUCUCGAUUUUGUCAAGGAUAACGAGCGAAUGGAGAGUAUUGGUGAGGAUGUUGUCGGAUGGUGGGCGAAGGCUGGGUGGCAAUCCGGUCUUGCCGACAAGUUGAAGCUCGAGAGUGCUUGUGCCCAAGGUCGGGUUGAGGAGACCAAGGACGAUGAACGACCAAGCUCGCCUUCCCGAGUUUCCACCCCAGAUCACAUCCAAAGUGAUUGGAACUCAUACGGAGGCACAGCUGCCGAGACAUCAGUGCCGAGUAUUGCAGUUGAUGACGAACCAUCAGCUGCCGAGAAGUCGAAAUCGUUCCAAGUCCCGCCGAUCAUUGCCUAUGUCCACCCGGGUGGGAGCUCAGCUCCUUUGAUUCGCCGCGUUGACACGGCACAGCUGCUGCUCGCUAUUUCACUUCAGCUGGCCAAGCUUCCAUCACUCGAAGAGGCAGGCGGAGAGUCACCAUCACCAUAUGCACAUGCAAAGAAGAUCGCUUACCCUGAAGGCGUUAAGGCACGCACGACAAUCACACAAAAGGACAGCCUCAUUGCAGAGAAUGUAACUGUGGAGGAGAAGACCUCUAUCAAAGAAACUGUGAUCGGCGCCGGCUCGCAGAUCAACGAGGGUGCCAAGCUCUCCCAGUGUCUACUUAUGGAAGGAGUUGUUGUUGGCAAGGCAUGCAAGCUGACACGUUGUAUUAUCGGAAAGAGAGCAGUCAUUGGAGAUGGAUCUAUCUUGACCGACUGUGAGGUCCAAGAGAAUCUGCUCGUUGAGGCUCGAACUGAGGACAAGGACAACAAACUCAUGAGCUCUGAGGGUUUGGAGGCCACAGAAGCUGAGAUGGAGGAGGUCCUCCAGGACAUGGAGGCUGACGCCGAGCAAGCAGUGAUGGAUUAA